AUGGCCAGGGUCGGGGUGGCCACCGUCCUCUGCCUCGCUGUGCUGCUGCUGCCCACCGCCCCCAGCCCCUGCCCACCCCCACACCCCGGCAACACCACGGCAUCCAAGCUGCUGGGGACCUGGCUGUACGUGGCCGGGGCUGCCCAGUUCCCCCAGCACCUCCUGGAGAUGCUGCUCAUGGACCACGGCCACCUCCUCGUGGAGCCCGGUGCCGGCGAGCGGGAGCUGCUCAUCACCCAGAGCGUGGCCGUGGGUGACCAGUGUCUCACCAACAACUCCACCUACUUCGAAAUCACUGCCGGUAACACCACCCUGGUGAAGCACGCAAAGACCCGUCAAACUGUGGGGAUGCUGGUGAACCUCAGCUCUGAAGACAUUUUACUCGUCCAGUACCAACUGCAGAGGGAAAGGACGUAUUUGGGACUCUAUCUCUACGCCCGGAACCUGAGCGCCAGCACGGCCCACCGGGAGGAGAUGGAGCUCCACACCAAGCACCUGGGGCUGGGCAAGGAGGAGAUCGUGUACGCCCCGUGGAAAAAGGAGCUGUGUCCAGUGAAAGAAAUGGAGGAAGGAACCAGCCCGUGCACAGAGCCCACGGCUGCGGCCACAGCGUCCCCUCCUGCGGGUACCCGCCAGCCUGGGAGCACAGGCAAUAUCCAAUAAACAUCCAAACCCACCAAUAAUAAUGACAAUAAACAUCCUCCUCAAAGGCUGUGGGUACUGUGACUGAGUGGAGAGCUGGGGGAGCUCAGGAGAGGGGCUUGGCAAAGAGGAACUGAACCCCCAGUUCACCCAGUGCGUGAUUCGAGUGGGAGCUGGGAAGAGUCAUCAUUAAGGAAUGGGGGAUGCGAG